AUCCAGGUCCGUUAGUUGGCCCGUUCAGGGCGCACCCUACGAAUCACAGUAUAAUACUGCUUCCACAUGUUUGGAAAAAAUGGCGGCAUACUAGCGGUAGCUCAAAAGCAGCCAGUCCAAAGCGCAAGCUUCAAGAGGUAGCUUCAGAAAAGCGAUGCUGGGAACACGAUCGGCCCUUCGUGUGGCACGAAGACUCUCAGCUGGCUACUUUCGCCGCCGCAACCCACUUUCCGCCGAUCGGGUAGCCUCCGCUAGCAAAGUCCCCGCACGCUGUGACAGUGACAACUUCUAUUACCAUUCAUUUCGCCCUUGUUCAGCAGACGGGUUCAAAUACAGUUCCUCCGUAUUAUUUUCCACUGCGAGCACAAGCGCGGAAAAUGGAUUGGAUGACAAUAACUGCGGCGCCGCCGCGGAUGGUGUUCAACUAAUUAAUUCGGAAUCGCCGGCGGAGUCUCUUUCCACAACAAGCAGCAUUUCGGAUGCUUAUUACGCGAUUGAGCUCGCAUUGGAUUCUGUGGUUAAGAUUUUCACCGUUUCCAGCAGUCCUAGCUACUUCCUACCUUGGCAGAAUAAAUCCCAGCGCGAAUCUACCGGCUCUGGCUUUGUUAUUCCUGGAAGGAGGAUCCUGACAAAUGCUCACGUUGUGGCCGAUCAUACCUUUGUACUAGUAAGAAAGCAUGGCUCUCCAACCAAGUAUAAAGCUGAAGUCCAGGCAGUUGGCCAUGAAUGUGACUUGGCUAUUCUAGUGGUUCAGAAUGAAGAGUUCUGGGAGGGUACAAACUCUUUAGAGCUUGGAGACAUUCCAUUUCUUCAAGAAGGUGUUGCUGUAGUUGGUUAUCCUCAAGGGGGAGACAACAUAUCUGUCACAAAAGGUGUUGUCUCAAGGGUUGAACCUACACAAUAUGUACAUGGUGCAAGUCAACUCUUGGCAAUACAAAUUGAUGCAGCUAUAAAUCCUGGAAAUAGUGGAGGGCCAGCAAUCAUGGGCAACAAAGUUGCUGGGGUUGCUUUCCAGAACCUCUCUGGUGCAGAGAAUAUUGGUUACAUAAUUCCUGUCCCUGUAAUAAGACAUUUUAUAUCUGGAGUAGAAGAGAAUGGAAGUUAUGUUGGGUUUUGCUCUAUGGGCUUGUCAUGCCAACCUACAGAAAAUUUGCAGCUUCGCGAAUACUUUCAAAUGGGUCCAGAGUUGACUGGGGUGCUUGUGAGCAAAAUCAACCCACUUUCUGAUGCUUAUAAGGUGUUGAGAAAAGAUGAUAUCAUUCUCUCAUUUGAUGGCAUACCUAUAGCCAAUGACGGAACAGUUCAUUUUCGAAACAGAGAGCGAAUAACAUUUGAUCACUUGGUUUCUAUGAAGAAACCUAAUGAAACUGCAGUACUCAAAGUACUGAGAAAUGGUGAGAAGCAUGAGUUUAGCAUCAAACUUUUUCCACUGAAACCCCUUGUUCCGGUUCAUCAAUUUGAUAAGCUUCCCAGUUUUUUCAUUUUUGCUGGUCUUGUCUUCAUUCCUUUAACUCAACCAUACCUUCAUGAGUAUGGAGAAGACUGGUACAAUACCUCACCUCGGCGGUUGUGUGAAAGAGCACUCAGGAAACUUCCAACAAAACCUGGAGAACAACUUGUUAUUCUUUCUCAGGUCUUGUUAGAUGAUAUUAAUACUGGGUAUGAGCGUCUUGCAGAAUUGCAGGUCAAUAAGGUUAAUGGUGUUGAAGUUGAGAAUUUGAAACACUUACGCAAGCUUGUGGAGGAUAAUAGCAAAGAGAGAAUAAGGUUCGAUCUGGAUGAUGAGAGGGUGAUUGUUUUGAACUACGAUUUGGCAAAAGUAGCCACUUCCCGUAUACUAAAACGCCAUAGAAUACCUUAUGCUAUGUCUAGUGAUCUUAUCAAUGAUGAAUGUGCACCUGCACUUGAGUUGGCUUGCUCAAACUGAUUUUUCUUCAAACUUCUAUUCUUUCUUACUGAAAUUUUGUAUUUUAAAAACUCACCAUUUCAGUUAUUAAAUCUUAGAAUAUAAUCUCUAUGCAUUGGCUGAA